GUGUGUAACGUUUCGUUACUCGUAACUAGAUGCCGCACCCGUUACUCAGUAACGAAUACAUACGGUUUGCUACAGCUCUAGUAAUAUUAUUUUCUAUGGAUCUUCAUGUACACAAAUGUAUUUGGAAUUAUUUAUCAUAGUGUCAUUUUUAAAAAGGUUUUCUUUCAAACCUAGAGAUUUCUUGAUUUUUGACCCAUUUGCUAUCUUUUGUCUUCGUUCUUAAAUAAUAUAUUUUGUUUACUGGCAGACAUAAAAAAAAAAAUGUAAUUUGUAACGUGGUGAGAUAAGUUGUACUUUUCACCCGCUGUUUAUCACGGAAUCACUUCAUUCAAAAUGAUUGCGUGGCAAACUUGUAUGUGUAUUGAGCUAUAAAGAAAAUAAAGAAAAUAAAAUUUUUGACAAUGGGGACCUCUUCUCGUCAUCAUGGUGAUUUGGCAUCAAAUGAAUACCUGGAACGUUUUGCAAGAAAAGAACCAAUAUCAUCUAAUGAUCCCUUUUGGAAUAGAUUUCUUUCAUUUUCGUUUACACCGCCAUCUACAGUUUCGGAACAUCGUGCUCUGGACGAACGGAUAGAAGGAAUAUGUCGGCAGCUGACCGUAAACAACUUGCAGUCUGGGAACUUUGGAUCCUUGCUUCAUGUCUUCCUUAGUCGGGCAUCAGAACUGUUGGCUUCAGCUCAGACAGAUAAUAACAUGUUUAGCUGGCAGUCAUAUAAUGCAUUAUUCAUUCUGCGCUGCCUCACCAAAUAUUUUGUGGAAAAUCUUAAAGAGGAUGACUUGGUUCGGCAGUUUGAGGCUCGCCCGAAACUUACUGAUGGUAUCCGUGAUGACGAGAACGUAAACAGACUGGAAGUGUUCAUGGACUCUCUCAUCGAGAUAAUCGUAGACGUGCCAGUGAAGGACUUCACCUACCCUCUCCACCUGGAAGCUGUGAACUGUCUUCUAGUUUUGCUGUCAGUUCAGAUGUUUUCACAAACUCCAGCUGCAAAGUCUUGUAUUUACAGAAGUUUGAUGCAGGGGCGAUACUCCAUCCACUCACCUCUCCUCAUCAAGACGUUGCUGCAGCACUUCAUCGAUCAAGAGAAGGCACCAGCAGGCCUGCUGGGACAGUCGGCAGGAGGCAGCAUCGUGUUUGGUUUGGCAUCUGGUCUGUGGAACAUGUUGACCUUGGGACUGGCAUCCUCGCAUUCGGAAGAGGUAACCACGGCGGAAGAAGCUCCUCUGGCCAACCAGUCAUUGUUGCUCAUUCUGGUUUUGGCCAACCACUGCACCGGCGAGAAAAACCUCAACAACCCUUACAGACAGGCGUUAUUCUCCUUUACCAGUACCCUAGAGACGGGGGACGGAGCGCCGACAAAAGCGGCCGCCACGUUCAAGCUGGACUUCAGCCGGCUGUACGGCACGCUGUGUCGCAAGCUCAAGAGUGACCAGACCACCUUGCUGCUCUACCUGCUGGUUCACAGGAACCACAUGGUGAAGAGCUACGUGCUGGCGCGGUCGGACAUUGAACAGUUGGUGGUGCUGAUACUGCAGACCUUGUACCAUGCUCCGGACAGCAAUUCACACCACAUCUACAUGUCGCUCAUCAUCCUGCUGAUUCUCAGUGAGGAUGACCUCUUCAACAAGGCUGUUCAUGGCAUUAUUUUAAAAGGUGUCACGUGGUACACAGAACGGGCCAUCUCCGAGAUCUCUUUGGGUGGUUUGCUGGUGCUUGUGGUUAUAAGAACCAUACAGUACAACAUGCUGAAGAUGAGAGAUAAGUACCUGCACACCAACUGCCUCGCCGCGCUGGCCAACAUGUCCGGCCAGUUCCGCAAUCUGCACCCGUACGUGAGCCAGCGGCUGGUCAGCCUGUUCGAGACGCUGGCUCGCAAGCAUGCCCGCCUGGCCGGCCAGAUCCACCAGCAGACGGGAGACCAGGUGGCCAUCGACCUCGACGACACAGAGUCCCAGUCCAACCUUGUGACGGACCUCGCGGUGCUGGAGGAGGUGCUGCGCAUGGUGCUGGAGAUAAUCAACUCCUGCCUGUCCCACCAGCUGGCGCACAACCCCAACCUCAUCUACACCCUGCUCUACAAGAAGCACGUCUUCGCGCCGUUCAAGGCCCACCCUUCCUUCCAGGACAUAGUGCAGAACAUUGAUGUGGUGAUUCAGUUCUUCUCGAGGAAACUGGACCAGGUGCAGAAGGACCUGAGCGUCAGCGAAGUCCUCUCUACGAUCCAGCAGGGAGCACUUCAGUGGCCGCCCGACAGGCUCAAGAAAUUUCCUGACCUGAAGUUCAAGUACGUGGAGGAGGAUCACCCGGAAGACUUUUUCAUCCCGUACGUGUGGUCGCUAGUCUGUCGAUCAUCUGGUCUCUACUGGAACCCUAACAACAUCAAGAUCUUUGUUUCUGAGCCCAGCCUGCUUGUUGUGUGACCUGAUCGCCGUUUUGUUCUCUUUUUAAAAACUGAUUCCUACUCUCUGCAGCUAGGCCGAAGUGAAGUGCAACAAGGAUGUUGCAUCAUUGUUAUUUAUAGAAAAAUAAAUGUUGAGAAGUGAA